AUAUUAUAUAGUGCAUGCACUAAGAUAAUAUUUAUACAUACGUUCAAUCCGUCACGUAAGAAUCGAAGUUUGGAAGCCUGAAAAAAUGUCUGAAACUAAAGGAAAGGUAAUUCAGUGCAAAGCUGCUGUUUGCUGGGAGCCCAAAAAGCCCCUUACAAUUGAAACAGUGGAGGUUGCGCCACCUAGAGGAGGAGAGGUUCGCGUUAGGAUUGCGUACACUGGAAUAUGCCACAGUGAUGCUCAUAUAAUAAACGCAUGCAUAUCAGCAAAGUUUCCUGUAAUCCUUGGACAUGAGGCUGCAGGGAUAGUUGAAAGUGUUGGAGAUGGAGUGACUAAUUUUGAAGAAGGUGAUCAUGUCAUGGCAAUGUUCCUGCCAGAAUGUAAUCAGUGUAGGUGUUGCACAAGUGGAAAGACUGGAUGUUGUGAAGUAUUCAUGGACAAAAACUAUGCCAAUGGUUUAUUGAUGGAUGGGACAUCUCGAUUCAGCAUCAAAGGGAAGACAGUAUACCACUUCUUUGAUACCAGUACCUUUAGUCAAUAUACUGUUGUACCAGCUAUCUCGCUCGUAAAGAUUAACCCAGCUGCUCCAAUGGAAAAAGUCUGUAUACUAAGUUGUGGAAUUGCUACAGGAUAUGGCACUGCUGUCAAUACAGCACCGGUGACACCUGGCUCUGUCUGUGCUGUAUGGGGAUGUGGCUGCAUAGGUCUAGCUUGUAUAAUGGGAUGUAAAGCAGCCGGGGCCGCACGUAUCAUAGGGAUAGAUAUUAACCCAGAAAAGAUUAAAAAUGCUAAAAAGUUUGGAAUAACAGAAGGAGUAAAUCCUUUGGACUACGACAAACCAAUAAAUGAAGUUCUUAAAGAAAUGACCAAUGGAGGUCUUGACUUUACUUUUGAAUGUGUUGGAACCACUAAAACAAUGGAACAGGCAUUUAUGUCAUUACACAAAGGAUGGGGUAAACUGUGCGUUGUUGGAUUAGCUCCAGACGGUGAUACUAUAAAAGUGCCACCAUUUGAACUAUUGUACGGUAGGAGCAUUACUGGGUCACUUUAUGGAGAUUUCCGACGAGCCAAGCAUGUGCCUGAACUCGUCAACUUGUAUAUGAGAGGAGAGAUUAUGCUUGACGAGUUUAUUACUCAUACCAUGCCUUUAGAUAGGAUUAAUGAGGCUUUCGACCUCAUGAGAGACGGGAAAAGUUUGAGGUCUGUAGUGUCAAUGUAGAAGUGCUUACAGACAAGGAUCAUAAGACAUUAGACUUUUAGUUACAGAGUAGUUAUUUGUAUUUUGUAUUAUAUAUGUGGAAGUUAUAAAAUGAUUUCGUUUCUAUGAUAACAUGUAUUGGUUUCGAAAUAUAAAUAGCCAGAUAAAUUUCACCUUCAAAUUUAAUUCAUGAUGUGUAAGGCUGACUUUGAAUUAAUUUACACAGAACAUAGAUGUAACAUUUGAUAGAUCUACAAAAGAGGGAAUAUGACAAGAGGCAUUAUCUGACUCCUGAAAUUAAAAAAAAAGUAAAAUUAUUCAAGCCUUUUGAGAUUAUACUUUUAUUGAUAAAUCAACAUGUAAAUGCAAUCUGGACAUUUUAGUGCAGAACAUUAAAGACUGAUGGAGCUAUGGUGUCGAAACAUGUCCAAAUUUAUAUAUUUGACCAAACUUUUACACAUGGUUUUUGGAAUAAAUAAAUAUAAGCCAAUGCAUUAAUUCAAACAUAUACUUUACGAACUUUCAAAAAUAUGAUUUUGGAUAAAGCCCUUGCUUAUAUCUAAAUAUUAAUUUACGAUAUCAAAAUCAGGCCAUUUUAGCAGUUCUUGUAGUUAUGCACUCAAAAAAUUCAGAGGAUUGUGCAAGUAUGUCAGACAAAAUUCAUAGCCAUUAAAAAUAUUGAUAUCUGAAGGACUAAUUUCUUAUGAACAUCUGAACAAUGUAAUUUGGUAGAUUUAUAAGUUUUUUUUUAUAUAUUAAAUUCAUGAGGCCAAAGACUUGACCUUAUCAUACCUAAACUUUUCAGCCAAAACGGUGAAUCAACUUAUUCCUUUUAAUUUUAUUUAUAGAAAUAGGUACAAAUAUAUGUUUUGAUCAAUAUUUUAGACAAACAAUGUAUAUGAAGAGUUAAUAGCAGUUGUUAGCUUAGAAAUAAAAACAAUACAAUU